UUUUGGGCACGGGAGACAGGACGCCUAGCGGAGUGGCAGAGCGCAGCACGCAAACUUAUGUCACUUCAUUAUUUUCAUGUAGCUUGACGAGUCGCAGCGCAGCGCUCGGGAUAAGGGAUAAACCCUCUAAUAGCACAGCCGUUGUCACCGCGUUGCGCAUUCUGAACCUCCGAAUCGUCCUGGUUUCGGCGUAUGCAGCUGCCACAGAGCGAAUUAAAGCAGAUAUAUCAGCGCGGAUCCACAGCCAGGAGCUCCGGGGCUGUCGGCUUUCUUCGAAUUAAACAGAAAAUGUGAAUCUCUGCGUGACUUUACUUUGUAGCAAAGGCAGACAUCACAUGACACUUAUGAGACCAUCGGGGGAGAGCAGCAUUAUAAAAAUGGAACAUUUGGUUUUCUGCGUCUGCCAGUUCACCAUGGCUCUCACGCUUAUCUUCUCUGGGAUUGAGGGGGCUGGGAGCCAGGCUCAGAGUGCUUACUUCCUCCCUGAGUUUGCUCUGUCUCCACAAGGAAGCUUUCUGGAAGCCACGACAGGGGAGGAGUAUCUCACCUACCGCUACGAUGAUCAGUCAUCGAGGACUACACGCUCAGAUGUGGAGCGGGAAAAUGGCUGGGACGCUUGGGGAUCGUGGAGUGACUGCUCUCGUACCUGUGGGGGCGGGGCCUCCUACUCCCUACGCAGGUGUCUCAAUGGAGGGAAUUGUAAGGGGAGGAACAUCCGCUACAAGACCUGCAGUAAUACAGACUGCCCUCCAGAAUCAGGUGACUUCAGAGCUCAGCAGUGCUCCGCCCACAAUGACAUCAAAUACCAAGGGCAGACGUAUGAGUGGAUUCCAGCGAGCUAUGACGCCGUCUUGCUCUGUGCUCUAAGAUGCCAGGCUCGGGGGAAGAGCUUGGUGGUGGAGCUGGCACCCAAGGUGCUGGAUGGCACCCGAUGCCGAGCAGAGUCUCUGGACAUGUGUAUCAACGGCGUUUGUCAGGAGGUAGGCUGUGACAGACAGCUGGGCAGCACCACCAAAGAGGACAACUGCGGCGUCUGUGGAGGAGACGGCUCAACCUGCCGGCCGGUCCGGGGCCAGGCUCUGCCCCACGUCUCACCCGAAGAACCCACCAAGACGGUGAUUGAAGUUCCACUGGGCAGCAGAGGGCUGAGACUCACAGCCAAAGGACCAGAUAUCAUAGUGAUUGAGGCCCACACAGCGAGUGGCAAGAAAGAGGAGGUGGAGUUCAGCUCGGCCGGCUCCUACGUCCUGGCCAACAGCACCGUGGACUUCCAGAGGGGUAACGAGAGGCAAGCCCUCCGCUCCCAGGGGCCCCUUUCUGCGGACCUCACCAUCAAGCUGAAGUACGCAGCCCCCAAAGACACUGUGCUACAGUACAUGUUCUACCAACCCAUCCGCUACCAGUGGAGAGAGACGGACUUCUUCCCCUGCUCCGUGACCUGUGGAGGAGGCUACCAGCUGAACUCAGCCGACUGCGUGGACAUCCGUUCCAACAGAUCUGUCCCGGAGCACCACUGCCAUAGCUACCCAGAGAACACCAAGCCCAAGCCCAAACUUAAGGAAUGCAAUAUGGAUCCCUGCCUUGAAAGUGAUGGCUUCAAGGAGGUGAUGCCUUAUGAUCAUUUCCAGCCUCUACCACGGUGGGAGCAGAACCCCUGGACGUCGUGCUCAGUGUCGUGCAGCGGGGGCAGCCAGGAGCGCAGCGUGGUGUGCGUGGAGGAGGACAUACAGGGGCAGGUGGUGCAGGUGGAGGAGUGGAAGUGCACCCACUCGCCCCGGCCGUCCACCCAGCAGAGUUGCAACCCGUUCGACUGUCCCAAGUGGGUGGCCAUGGAGUGGUCUCAGUGUACGGUGACCUGUGGGCGGGGUUUGCGUUACCGUGUGGUUCUGUGUAUUGAUCACAGAGGCCAGCACACAGGGGGCUGCAGCUCCAGCCUCAAACCGCACAUUAAGGAGGACUGCCUGGUGCCUGUCGCAUGCUACAAGCCCAGGGAGAGUGUACCCGUAGAAGCCAAGCUUCCCUGGCUAAAACAAGCUCAAGAACUGGAGGAGACCAGAAUUGCCAGAGAGGAGCCAACGUUCGUCCCGGGCCCAUGGUCCGCGUGUAGCAUGUCGUGUGGUGUGGGCCUGCAAAAGCGCCCAGUCAGAUGCAAGGUGCUGCUCUCCUUCACCCAAGCUGAGGUGGACCUCCCCGAUGAGGAGUGCGGUGAGCAGAAGCCCCCCCUCCAGAGGGCCUGCAGCCUGGGCCCCUGUCCUGGGGCCCCCACAUCCCCACGGUGGCCCCUGGAGACACAGCCAAGUGCACCGCAGCAGGGCUACCUGUGGCAGUACAGCAGCUUCUCAGCCUGCUCCGCUUCCUGUGCUGUGGGGAGUCAAACAGCUCUGGUUCAGUGUGUGAGGGCAGAGGGACUGGGAGUGGUGGAUGAUGCAGUCUGUGAUGAUUCUGUCAGGCCCCCUGCCAUGGUUCGUAUCUGCAACCCGCAGCCAUGCCCUGCCAGAUGGGAGGUCAGCGAUUGGAACCAGUGUUCAGUGUCAUGUGGAGUGGGGCUGCAGACUCGCAGCGUGUCCUGUGUAAGGCCUGUGGGCGGGAACCGCACUGAGCUGGUGGGCGGGCCAAAGUGCCAGGGGACCCCGCCUUCUGAGCUGCAGGCCUGCAACAAGGUGGACUGCCCCCCCCAUUGGGAGACUGAAGAGUGGCAGCAGUGCUCACGGUCCUGUGGGGGUGGGACACAGUGGCGAAAGGUGUACUGUAGGCAGCGUCAGGCCGAGGGCAGCUACCGGAGGCUGCCCGACGGGCGGUGUGACGGGAUGAAACCUGCCACCCACCGCCCCUGUGCCCACACACACUGCCUACAGCCCCACCUGGAAGGUGGAGAGUGGUCUAAGUGCUCUGUGACAUGUGGGAAGGGAGUCCAGCGCAGGGAGCCUGUGUGUAGGAGGCUGACUACAUCCGGUCAGCUGGUCACCCUGGACACAUCUGCGUGCAGUGGCCUUCCGUCCCCGCCCCUAAUCAGGAGCUGCCGCAUGAGCCCCUGCAGCAAACACAAGUUCUCCAAGAAACAGUGCCCUCGGGUUCUGGGUCUGAAACGCAUCUAUAUCCAGACGAGGCAGGAGAAAAGACUGAGCUUCACUGUCGGUGGACGAGCUUACCUUCUCCCCAAGACAUCUGUGAUCAUCAAGUGUCCAGUACGCCACUUCCCCAAGGCCCAGAUCCACUGGGAUAAGGACGGCAUCGAUCUUCGGAGCUCCAAACGUCUGAGUGUCACAAGGUCGGGAGCAUUGAGGAUCUAUAGCCUGGAGGCGGGAGACAUUGGGCAGUAUCGCUGCUGGGCCAAUCAGGAUUCAGACAUCUUCAUCCUCAAGCUGAUAGGCCACGACAACAGGCUUCUGGAACAUCCCGAGGAGAAGCGGCUGGGGAAAGAGAAAAGCCACAGCAGCUCCAAAACAUUUCUUAACAAGGAGGGAGGCUAUGGCAAGUGUCGGGGCCCGGAGGAGACGCCUCCGCUCAAAAAGACCCAAAAACCUGCUCAGAGCUGGAUGCAGAAAAACGAGCUUUAUAUAGACGAGAGCCGGCCGAAGGGACCUGCGGAUCCCGCGGAUUUGGAGAACCAUCACGUGGCCUCCAGCCCUGCCAGCGAUGUCCUGCUAACAGGAGCGUCGGGGGCCUUCACUCUGGAGCUAGCCCAGUUUGAGGAGCUGGUGAGGAACAUCAGCCAGCUGGCAGAGAGCGGGGACGUGACAGAUGACCUGGCCUCCCUGCUCAUCGGCAAACUGAUGGAGGAGAUGGCAGUGGCUCGAGCGUCGGCCGGAGAUGGCGGGGCCACUCAGGAGGGCUCGGAGGGUGGGCGCCCGGACAGGACCCCCAACUCCUCUGAGCGCUCCAGGGAAAAGGGUCCAAAGAGCCGGCCGGUCAUCGCUCGACACGGGCAGAGUUCGUCUAUGAUGAGCUUCCAGAGGGACCUGAGGGUCGGAGUGGGGAGGACCACCUACGUAACCAACGCCACCCGGAGCCUCACGCUGCUCUGUUCAGCGCAGGGGGUUCCUCCGCCGACUGUGACCUGGACCAAAGAUGGACUUCCUCUGCCAAACAGGGCAUUGUGGGAUAGUUCUGGAGGACUGCACAUCGCGAGCCCGGGCGCCAGAGAUGUUGGAAUCUACAGGUGCACAGCCAGCAAUGAAAUUGGAUCCGAUUCGGAGAUGACGCGAGUGCUGCUGGCCUAUUCCCCUGCCAUCGCAGCCUCCUCCAGGAAUGUGUCAGAUCUGCACAGCUACAGCCUGAAGGUGGCAGUAGGGGGCCGAAUCAGCGCCCGCGUGGGCGCCAAUCUCACGCUUCAGUGUCCCGCAACAGGUGUCCCCGCACCCAACGUCAGCUGGCGUCGCCUGGAGGGGGCUCUGGGCACCGGGGCCAGCCCACUCCUAGACGGCUCUCUGCUGCUCCGUGACCUCUCGCCACACGACUACGGCACCUACAUCUGCGUGGCGGCCAACCCCAUCGGCAAGGCGGCAGCCUCCAGCGCGCUCCGCGUGGCAGGGCCAACGGUGGCAGCGUCUGAAGAGCCGGCCUCCGCGCUGAAGGAGACGAACAGGAAAAGAGUUCUGAUGGCUUCUCGGAUCGGAACCAGCAUCGCGGUCAGACCCGGGGACAUUCUGAGGAUAGGCUGCCCUGUUGCCCCCAGCCACAGGAAGCCCAUUAAGUGGACCUACCAGAACCAAACCCUGAAGCAGGUGGCAGGCCUCCACCACCGUCUGCUGGUGGGCGGCCGUGUCCUGGAAGUGAAUACUCUGGGUGGAAUGUUUGACGGGCGCUAUGGUUGCCAGACGAGCGCCAACAACCAACUCCUCUCCGCCUGGAUUCACGUCCUCCCACAGGCGUUUGAGUGGCGUUUCACCGGAUGGAGCGCGUGCAGCGCCAGCUGUGGGAACAGGGGCUUCCAGACCAGGCAGUCGCGUUGCGUGAGUGCUGACGGCCAAGACACGCCCCCCUCUUCCUGCCAGAACCUCCCCAGCCCUGGGCCCUGGCCCCGCCCCUGCAACCUCCGCAACUGCCCUGCCAGCUGGGCAUCCACCGUCUGGUCCAAGUGCUCCACGGCAUGCGGCCGGGGCUUCCGCCAGCGGCAGGUGUCCUGCCAGCGUCUGGAGGCUGCCGGCAGCAUGCGGGUGCUGCCCGCCGCUGCGUGCGAAGGAAUCCCUCGCCCCGCCAACAGAGAGCCCUGCUCCUCGGACAUCUGCGCCGAGUGGAUCGCCAGCCGCUGGGGACAGUGCUCCGGGCGCUGUCUCAGUCCCGCCGUAGCCACUCAGAGCAGGACAGUGUCCUGCAGACAUCUGAAUGGCUCCAACUCCACAAGCACCUGCGAUCCCAAGGAAAGACCGGCCUCGGUGCGGAACUGCACGUCAGAGAUGUGCGAUGUUCUCUGGAGGGCGUUGCCAUGGAGACCAUGCACGGUGGCCUGCGGAAGCGGCUUUCAGUCCCGCAAGGUGGAAUGCGUCCAUCGCCAUAACAACAAGACCCUCCCUGACCGGCAGUGCACCUGGCAGCGGCGUCCCGUCACCUGGCAACACUGCAACGUCACGUCCUGUGGCAAUGAGUGCAAGGAUACGACGCACUACUGCACGGUGGUGAAACGCCUCAGGCUCUGCCCCGUGGAGCCGUACAGACAGCGGUGCUGCCGGUCCUGCGCAGAGGACUCCGCCGCCACCUAGUGGACAGGCAAGGCACUGCUCGUAGUUUUGGCAUCGGACUGAUCCCCCGUUCAAACCCCAGCACGGCACGCCUCCAGAGGCCUGGGACAAUUCUCAAGCGGAUACGCUCCUGGAUUUGCUCAACGAGCAAGAAGUACUUUUGGUACUUUUGAGUUUAAGUGGAUGCACUAUUUAGUAAGGACCUUCACCCAGGGCGAAAGGCUAAGAGCUGUGGACGGGCUUUGAGGUCAUCAGUGAAGGUGAAAACAGAGUCCUACAGCUCUCUGUGCUCUGUGAUUUUAGCCAACCUUGUUCACUAAUGUAUGUAUUAAUUUAUAAGAAAUGUGUUUACUGCUAUAUUGUUACUGGUUUGACUAUUAAAAAAAAACAACAGAGAAUGGACCAUUCACGCAUGUGAAGGGAAAGUGAAUUGGAUACGGUGGAAGUGUACAUAGCACACUGACAUUAAAACUAAUGCAACGCCAUAAAAGCACAUCAGGCCAUUAAAGAGUGACUCUUUUCUUUCCGCUGACGUUUUCGUUAGGACCUACAUGAAUAUGGCAUUUUGAAGGUUUAAUAUGUAGAAUGAAGGCUUGACGUUGCAUUGUUUUCUGUGAUGUGUGUGUGUGUGUGUUUUUUUUUUCUUCAGUUGGAAAGCCUUUCCCGUGUGCUCUUCGCAUGUUCAACCAAUGUGCUGCAUUGUAAAAUAUUUCUUGUAUAUAAUGUGUUUUUAAGUGCAAUAUUGUACAUUGAGUGUAGAGAUUUUGGACUUUAUUUUCUUACCUCCCAGUUUAGUUUACAUUGUAAUCCAUAUUUAAAACUAAAACAUAUAAAAGCAUUUAGCACUUGUUGAUGUUAAUGGGCGAGUUGAAUAUUUUGUCCUACUGUAUUUCCAAGCAUGCCUUUUGGUUUCAUUUUGCAAUGUGUGAACAGUUACACAGGCCAUUUGUAAUAUGUACAGGCAUUCAACAAUACUUAAUUGGCUACUGAGAUAUAUAUAUAUAUAUAUAUAUAUAUAUAUAUAUAUAUAUAUGUAUAUAAAUAUAAAUAUAAAUCUUUCUUCCAGAACAUUCAGGAUGUUGAGAUGUACUGGAUUUGUGCAUGGCUCAUGUUGAAACAGAUGAGAGAGGACUCUCUCUAACUACUCACAACAAUAUCACUAACUACUCACUUCUGUGUUACAAAAUUUAAAAAAAUAAAUAAACUUUUACAAUC